AUGGAAUAAGAUGAAAUAAUUAAAUAAGUGGUUCAUGUUUUUAAUAAACUAUCUACAAACUAAUAAUAACCUAUUAGUAAAGAGACAUUAUUAAGAUUCUUGGAUUCUCAAUCAAAUCAAGAAUAUGAUAGAGGUCUAUUUGAGUAAAUGUAUGUAUAAAUGGUCAAAAAAGAUUCUGGAUAAAUUACUAUUUAGAAAUUCAUAACAGUUUUGAUUGAAGCAUUAAAAUAAUUGAAAAAUAAGAUAUCUAACAUAAAGAUAUAAAUAUCACAAAAAACCAAAAAUUUAGAGGAACAUUAAUUAACCUUAAAAGAAUUAUAAUCUCAAGAACAAUUUAAUUCAUAUAAAAUAUCCUUAGACAGUAGAAUUAGAAUUACUAUUCAUGAUGCUAAUAUUUAAUUUCCUGGAAAUAGUCCAAUUGCAGUUAUUUUAGGAUGUGAUUAAAUAAGAUAUUCUACAAAACCAGCAAGCAGAGAAAAUCCUAUAUGGGAGGAGAAGUUUGAUUUUGAUAUCAAAACUGGCAAAGAAGAAAUUUAUAUUAUUAUUUUAGAUAAAGAAUUGGCAGAUAGAGAAGAAAUAGGAGGAUAAACAAAACUUAAUUUACAAGAUUUUUAUGAUUAAUAUCCUCAUGAAAUAACACUUGAAUUAAAAGACAAAUAUAAUGUAGUAAAGUAUUCAACCAUUAGAGUUAGAGUAUAAUGGAUACAUUCUUAAGUAUUUUGAUAUAUAUGAAAGACAAAAUAUUGUACACAAGUUAUCCAAGAAUUAAAGCAAAAUAUCAAAAAUCUUGAUGAUGAUUUAAAGGAAUAUAAAAAUUAUAUUCAGAUGUUAUUCCUUCCUUUUGAAGAAAACUAUUAUAAAUCUUAAGGGGAGAAGUAAGAAUAUAGUGAUUAUUCUACAAAUUAACAUACACAUUAGAAUUAAUUGGUAAGAAAUCCAGAAAAUUAAGAAUGGUUGAAAUUUGGGUUCAUUUUAACAUUGAUAUACUCUAUUGUGGCACUUUUUACUUGUCUUUUUAAAACUUAGUUUUUGGAUGUAUAUAUAUAUAUAUUUUAGUCAAUUGUAAUAUUUUAAAGCCUAAUUUAUUAUUUGGAUAACGAUAAAUUUUCAUAAUAAUUACAUCUUAAAGUAAUUUCUUUAAUGUUAGCAUUCACUCUUAUUAUUGAUACAUUUUGGCUCAUUAUCUUUACUAAACCAUAUAUUAAUAAUGAUGUAUUAUUUUAUUAAAUUGAACAUGGGUUUCAAUUAUAUGAAAUCAUUAUGCAAUAUAUUUUAUUUGGAAUUAAAGUAAAUUUUAUUAUAUUUAUUAGUUUUCUUUAAUAUGUAUAUAUGCAUAUAUUUAUUUUUCAGAAAAUUUAAAUGAAAAUUCCCAUAAUGAUUAAGCAUACUCAAACAGAGAAAAUUAUUAACUAAAUGAUAAUCCUCUAGAAAGAGAUAAUAGAAAAAAUGAGAAUUAUUAAGUUAAACAAUAAUUAUGA